UUUUGUCAGCAGCUGAGAAGCGGCUGCUCGCAUUUGUCCUUCAGCUCUCGUUCAGACUGAACACUCUCGUCAUAACCUCCACCUUCCGACUCCUGACGACUGAAUUUAACCAGCUACUGGAAAUAUCAGACGCGAGUCAUUGUGUUGAGUCAUGUCUACCAGGAUCCUGAUGCUUCACCAGGGCAGACCAGAGCACUUUGAACGUUCACCUCGAGGGCCAAGUUCAGACAUAAAGGCAAGACCAGCAGAGACAAGGCCUGUCGUACUAAGACCUGGACCACACAGGCAUGGGAGAAGAGGGGAGAGGGAGCCGGGAAAGCAGGUGUUAUUUGGAGAUGACAUGAAGAAGGUGGAUAAAAGCUACUAUAAGGCUCAGAAACUUCUGCUAACGAAGGCUGAUCACAAAGCGAUAUAUGAUCAGGUCGAGAAAAGAACGACAGAGAAGAGGAAAUAUUCCGAACAGCUUUCCAUUCACCAACCCGAGAUUGUGGUUGGACUGAGAGCACACACGGUGUGGGAGAAGAUGAAUGUCACACUUUCCUGUAUCAUCCAGGGAGCUCCAACCCCUCAGGUGAAAUGGUACAAGGAUGGAAUUCUGAUUAAACCAGAAGAUGUUCCAGGAAAGUACACAAUUGAGAACAAAGUUGGCUUACAGAUACUUGAGAUUAGUAGAUGCAGCCCAAAGGAUUCUGGCGAGUAUUCUGCGAUAGCCACGAAUCCCCAUGGAGAGGCAUCGUCCUUUGCUACAGUCCUUGUGAACAAAUAUGAAGGCUCAGACGCAGGCAGUGACUCUGUUGGGCUGAAAGCCAGUCCAAUAGUGCCGGCCAUUGACAUCGUUGAUGGGUUUGGAGCUUCAUUCGGGAAGGAGGGUGGAUCUCUAACCCUGAGCUGCACCUUCUCAUCGGCCUUGACAGGACACCCAGGAGAGAUCUGCUGGCUUCAUGACGGAAUUCCAGUGAAGGAGUCUAAUUUGGUGAAGAUUAAGACCUCGAAAUAUUCCACCACACUGACCCUCACUCACAUCUAUAAGGAGGAUGAGGGUCUCUAUAGUAUGUGCCUCCUGACAGGGGCAGAUUACAAGGAAUGUAGUGGAUAUGUCUUUGUGAGAGAUGCCUCGGCGGCAGUACCUGGAGCAGCCGGGUCUCCUCUGGACGUGGAGUGUCAGGAUGUGAACAAGGAUUACGUGCUUGUUACCUGGAACCCACCCAGUGCAGAGGGAAGGAGUCCAGUGAUCGGCUACUUCAUCGACAGGAAGGAGGUGGGGAGUGACGAGUGGUUGACGUGCAAUGAAACCCCCGAGAAAUUAUGCAAGUUUCCCGUCCUGGGUCUCUUGGAAAACCGAACAUAUCAGUUCCGUGUCCGGGCUGUCAACAGCGCAGGGAUCAGCAGACCGUCACGUGUGUCUGAGCCAGUGACCACGGUCGACACUUUGGCUGCAACCAGGAUAAUGCACAUCCAGACCGACAGAGGUGAGAUCGUGAUCACCAAAGAUGAACUUGAAGGAGAUGUCCUCAUUCCGCUGCCUCCCACCAACCUCCGGGUUUCCGAAGUCGGACAAACGUACGCAGCCCUUUGCUGGAACGAGCCGAGCCCGCGAGGGAGAGAGCCUCUGACCUACUGCGUGGAAAAGUCCGUGGCUGGAAGCAACAGCUGGCAACGAGCAAGCAUGGACAUUACAGUGAGCUGCCCGAGAUUUGCAGUCACUGGCUUGGACGAGACGACAUUGUACUGCUUCAGGGUGCGUGCCGUCAAUAAGUACGGCAUCAGUGAGCCAUCCCAACCUUCUGAGGUCAUUCAGUUUGGACAAACACCAGCUCCUCCAUCCCCACCACACAGCGUCGUUCCUGUCCGAGACACAAAGACGUCGGUGGACGUUCUCUGGAAAGGCCCCGAAGAUGAAAGUGAACCGAUGGGUUUCUAUGUCUAUGCUUGUCAAGUUGGGACCAACAACUGGGAAAUCUGUAAUAACAAGCCUGUGAAAUCAAACAGUUUCAAAGUGCAUGGUCUCAAACCAGGAAAGGAAUAUGUAUUCCGUGUGAAAUCCAUCGGCAAAGCUGGACUCAGUGACUACUCCGCUGAAUCAACACCAAUCAUUGUCAACAAUUCCAUCUUUCUUCCGUCUGCUCCUUAUGACCUGACGCAGCUGAGCUCUGGAAGGACUGAAAUGAUUAUUGCCUGGAAGGAGCCCAAAUUCCCUAUUGGACCCGAGAUUUUGGGAUAUUUCCUGGACUGCUGUAACGCAGCGCUGGCUGAGUGGCAUGAAGUUAACAUUAAACCCAUAAAGACCAGAUUCUACAAGGUGAAGAACCUAAGAGAGGGCUGUUUCUACGAGUUCCGUGCCUUCGCCAUGAACUGGGCGGGUGUGGGACCGCCGUCGGCAGUCAGCGACCAGUUUAAGUGUGAGCUGUGGACGAUGCCACAGCCCGGGCCACCGUUUGACGUGAUGUUCUUCGAGGUUCGCAGCAACUCUCUGUUACUAAAGUGGCAGUCUCCGCUCUACACGGGGAAGGACUGCGUAACGGGCUAUCUCGUUGAGAUGUGUGAGACAGAUGGAGGAGAGUGGACACUCCUAAAUAAAAAGCCAACGCCUGACACGCACAUGAGGAUUUCUCAGCUGGUAGAAGGCAAAACUUAUGUUUUCCGUGUGUCAGCACUGAACUCUACGGGAGCCGGGGUCCCAUCAAUGCCAUCGGAUCCUGUCUGUGCAGAAACCAGACCAGGUACCACAGAGAUAGAGACGGGUGUGGAUGAUGAUGGAAAUAUCUUCCUGGUUUUCCAGAGCCCAGAGAUUGACGAUGCAUCAAAGUUUCUUUGGUCCAAAGAUGACCAGGAAAUCGAAACUCCUGACAGAGUGCAGAUUGAGACUUCAGGAAACAGGUCUAAACUCAUCCUACUUGACCCAUCUGCUCAGGACCUGGGAAUGUACUCUGUGGUGGUAACCGGUACAGAUGGGGCCUCCUCCAGUCAUAAGUUAACCGAUGAAGAGCUGCAAAAGCUGAAGGAACUGAGCCACCGAAAAAAACACCCACUAAUUAAUGUGAAGACUGACUGGGUCGUCGAACCACUUGAGAAGGGAGCUGUUCGACUUUGGCUGCAGGUGGAGAGUUUAACUCCUGCCGCACAGUUACGAUUCAUCUUCAAUGAGAAGGAAGUUUCGAGUACACCGACUCACAAAAUCAAUUUCGAUAAAGCCAGCGGCCUCAUAGAAAUGAUCAUUCAGAACUUCACUGAAAAAGACCAAGGCUCUUAUACAGCCCAGCUCCGGGAUGGGAAAGCCACAGGCCAGUUCACCUUGGUGCUGAUCGAAGACAAGUUCCGACAGAUCCUAUCUCAUUGUGAUUUCCAAAGAUACGAGUGGAAGAGAAAACAAGGGCCUUACUUUGAAAAAUUCUUGGAAUGGAAGGUGACAGAAGACUGCAACAUCCUCUUCACCUGCAAGGUGAUGAACACAAAGACCCAGACCAGCAUUCAAUGGAGUAAAGACGGGAAGCCACUCACGGGUUCCACUUACGAUCCCAAGACAGGCAUCAGCUCCCUCUCGAUUUCACAGAUCACGCAAAAUACCCAAGGAGUUUACAAAGUGACCGUAGCCGACGACAGGGGAGAGGAUUCAAGUGUUUUGGAGAUGCGCAAUCAAGUGUUUGACAACGUUCUCCGGGAAGUCUGCAGAAUCGGCGGUAAUUCAGCUUCAGAAUUGAAAAUACAACCAACAGCUGAGGGAAUAAAGAUUUAUUCCUUACUGAAGUGGAAUGUGGACUGCCUGAAGAAAAGCUGGUACUUAAACAACAAAAGCCUGGAGUCUCAAGACCGGAGGAGGAUUGGAUCUGAUAAUCACCAGGUCUGGUUACAGAUCUACAAUCCAACUGAGGCAGAUAAGGGUCAAUACACCCUGGAGUUAUUUGACGGAAAACAGAAACACGUCCGAGAACUGAAUUUAUCACAGAAAGUUUUAAAUGAAGCUAUCUCAGAAUACCAAACACUGAAACAAGCAGCAUUUGCAGAGAAAAACAGAGCGAAAGUGUCACACGGUCUUCCUGAUGUUGUUAACGUCAUGGAGAGCAAGACCCUGUACCUGUCCUGUAGCAUCUCUGGAGACCCUCUCCCCGAGGUGGUCUGGCUGAAAAACGACAAAGAGGUGGUGGCCGGCGAACACUGUCAGAUCUCCAUCCAGAAGACCACCGUCAACUUCAGUAUCCAGCAGGUCACCUCUCAGGACUCCGGGAGAUACAGCCUGUUAGUGAGGAACAAACAUGGCUCGGAGACAGCGACCGUCACCGUCGGAGUGUACAAAUGUGGCGGCAAGGCUGAGCAGGAAUGACAGCCGCCGCUUGUUAUAAAAAUAGGUCAGACUUUCAGGAUUAGCAACGGCGGUACAUUGAACCUGCAAGAAAUCUCUAGCUCAGACCCAGUUUUGUGAAAUGCCUUGAAUUCCGGGAGAUGAUAUUUUAGUUUGUAGUGCUGUUGAUGUUUUAACUAUAGAGUCAAUGUAGAAAUUAUAGUUUAGCGCUUUGAGUGGAAUAGGAACUAAUUUGAAGAAAUCUUAGAAUGCGUUACGAUGACAGAAGUCAGCUUUCAGAAUUAGUAGUGAGUGAAAGGGAGUCUUGCAUACACUAAACAUCUAGAACUUGCUCCUAGUGAAAGUAAUUGAAGGAUUUGGCUUUAAUUACAUACCUUUCUGAAGUGGGAUGAUGCUAGUGCUGUUUGGGAGGGUUUAAACUAAUUUGGUGGGGGAGGGAAGGGAUACGAAAUGGAGUGAUUGUGCUGAGGAUGGGGUAGCUGGUUUACAAACCCAGGCUCUGUUAGUGAGACUGCUGGCAAGGAGAUGCUGACGAAAGGGUAAAAUUGCAGUCUGCAGGAUGAGCUGCAAUGGAAAAGGCGGAGAAAAUCGAAAAGGGGGGACACAGGUCUGAAAGCGCAGUAUACGGAAUGAAGUAGAUGAUCUCGUAGCAUAGUUAGAGAUUGGCGUAUGUAAUGUCGUUGGUAUCACUGAAUCAUGGCUGAAAGAAGAUUAUAGCUGGGAGUUUAACAUCCACGGAUACACAUUGUAUCGAAAGGACAGGCAGGUAGGCAGAGGGGGUGGCGUGGCUCUGUUGGUAAAAAAUGAAAUAAGAUCAUUAGGAAGAGGUGACGUAGGAUCAGAAGGUGUUGAAUCGUUGUGGGUAGAGCCAAGGAACUGCAAGGGUAAAAAGACCCUGAUGGGAGUUAUAUACAGACCCCUAAACAGAAGUAAGGAUGUGGCCUACAAAUUACAAAGGUUCAUAGGUUCUUGAUUAUAGGGGAAAAAGCAGGAGAUUGGGGCUGGGAGGGAACUGGAUCAGCCAUGAUGAAAUGACAGAUCAGACUCGAUGGGACAAAUGGCCUAACUCUACUGCUAUAUCUUAUGAUCUUAAGAAUCAGCGGGAAUGCACCUAACGGAAGUUCUAUUGGCAAAUUCCUGUGAAGUGUUCAAGUGGCACGACCUGCCUUCCCCUGGUUACCACCAGUCAGCUCUCCCUGGAAAUGGAGGUCGGAAUAUCCACCUCCUCGGGCACUCCUGUGUCCACCGCCCGUUCAGCUGCCCCACCUCUCUUCCGUGAGACGUCGGGCAAGUGAAGUGACGCUGGAAGAAGGAGGUUGCAAUCGAGAAAGGGAUGGACAGCCCUGAGGAAGGAUGGGAGACAGUUUCUGCUGUGUUUGGAAGACAAGUGUGUAGGUGUACAAAAUGACUCUGCUGGGACUUGAAAACUCGCCAAGCUUCACUCCCUGGACCCGCACCAACUGCUCUAGGGGUUGCUUUUACAAUCAGUAACUUUUACCAAAUAAAUCUGUCAGUUUCAAAAUGGAAAUUUAUGAUCUGCCACAUCUAUUACUGAGCUGUUUUGAAAUGUCGUCACAUCGAGGUUAGCAUAAACUGUUAGAGUGCUGAGACAAGCAAUCUGCUUCUCUUUCCUACUGCACGGUCUAUCUGGCAGUUUGAGAGUUUCCCACAAUAUCAGGAGUCGAUGGAGAGAUGUGAAGAGCCAUUGAUUGGAGCUUCUGUCUAUUUUGUUCCUGGUUCACAGCUAAUGGAAGUCUGAGUCAUUAAAGAGUCGGUAAAACUGAAGGGAAACAUUAAAUAUGAAGGCAAAGAUUUUCCUUUAGUUUCUAUGUUAGUAAGAACAACAUUCCACUGUCUGGUUCACUCUUUCACUAUGCUGAAAGUGACCUCUUCCCUCUCAACGUUUUGUGACUGACCAGGAGGAAUUUGACUCCUAAAGUUAUUCACCGAUAGUGCAGAUAGGAUUAAACAAGCAGAGAUAGCGGAGGAGACAGCAAACUUGGCUCUGGCUCCAGACGAAUUACCUCUUACCUCAGCCUGUAAAUUCAACAAUGAAGCACAAAACUGUCACCUAAUUCUUUAAUCCCACUUUCCCGCCUAUCCAUUAAAAAAGUUAAGGACAUUGGGAAUUUUGUAUUUCCGUGAACCACAGAUCCUUUCAGCAAUGGCCAGUAAUUCCAAUAACUAGGAUUGGGACGUUGACCUUGCGGGAGUAGUAACAGUUUAGGUGGAGAGCAUUGUGACUGAUUGUGUCACCGUCUGGCAUACGGGCACUGCACCGGGUCAGAAAAAGCUGCAGAAAGUUGUAAACUCAGUCUGCUCCAUCAUGGGCACUGGCCUCCCCAGCAUUGGGGACAUCUUCACAAGGCGCUACCUCAAAAGGGGGGCAUCCAUCAUUAAGGACUCCCACCACCUCUUCUCAUUACUGCCAUCAAGGAGAAGUCAAAGUAAAUUUAUUAUCAAAGUACAUAUAUGUCACCACAUACAACCCUGAGAUUUAUUUUCCUGUGGGCUUAUUCAGCAAAUCUGUAGAGUAGUAGCUAUUACAGGAUCAAUGAAAAAUCAACCAGAGUGCAGAAGACAACAAACUGUGCAAAUGCAAAUAUAAAUAAAUAGCAAUAAAUAAUGAGAACAUUGGAUCAUGAGAUAAAGAGUCCUUAAGGUGAGAUCGUUGAUUGUUGGAAUGGUUCAAUGAUGGGGUAAAGUGAAGUUGAGUAUAAUUACCCCCUUUUGUUCAGGAGCCUGAUGGUUGAGGGGUGGUAACUGUUCUUGAACCUGGUGGUGCGAGUCCUCAGGCUCUUGUACCUUCUACCUGAUGGCGGCAAUGAGGAGAGAGUGUGUCCUGGGUGGUGGGGAUCUCUGAUGAUGGAUGCUGCUUUCCUACAACAAGGUUUCAUGUAAGGUGCUCAGUGAUUGGGAGGGCUUUUUCCAUAAUAUACUGGGCUGAAUCCACUACUUUUUGUGGGAUUAUCCAUUCAAAGGCAUUGGUGUUUCCAUACCAGCCUGUGAAGCAGCCAGUCAAUACCCUCUUCAGCACACACCUAUAGGAAUUUGUCAGAGUUUUAGAUGUCAUGCCGAAUCUCUACAGACUCCUCGGGAAGUAGAAGCAGUGUUGUGAAUUGCUCGUAUAUGCUGGGUCUAGGAUAGACCCUCUGAAAUAGUAACACCCAGGAAUUUAAAGUUUCUAAUUUCUCCACCUCUGGUCCUCUGAUGCAGGCUGGGUCAUGGACCUCUGGUUUGCCUCCCCUGAAGUCUAUAAUCAGUUCCUUGUCUUGCUAUUGUUGACUGCGAGGUGGUUGUUAUGACACAUCUCAGCCAGGUUUUCAAUCUCUCUCCUGUAUGCUGAUCCAUCUCCACCUCUGAUUUGGCCCAGGACAGGACAGUGGUGCCACCAGCAAGCUUGAAUGUGGCUUUGGAGCUCUGCUUGAAGCAGGUGGGUCCACACACUGCCAAAGCGAGAGGUUAAAGAUCCCUGUGAACACACCAGUCGGCUGGUCAGCGCCACGUCUGUAGCACGCGACCAGGUGCCCCACUCCGUCCAGAUGCUUUCCGAGGAGUCACCCUCCUGAGGGCAUCCUGCACAUCAGCUUCAGAGACUGAGACCCUGCAGGUGGUACAGCAGCCUGAAGACACAUACGCAAUGUUUUAGGAACAGCUUCCUCCUUCCCCUCUGCCAGCAGAUUUCUGAACGGUCCGUGCAUCAUUGUGCUUGUGUAUGUGUGGACUGAGCCUCAGAGCCGCAGUGUCACCUAAUGGGCGUCGGGACUGGUUGAGAGAUGAUCUCGGGGGCUAGGAGGUCCGGACUAUAUACAUGCUUAAUCAGCGUCGUUAUAUUUUACUGAUACCCUAUAUGGGUUUGUGGUCCUGUAUGUGCGAUGACUGGGUAUCAGGCCGCGGUACCCGGGGUGGG